AUGGGCCCCAACGAUCAUCAUCUUACUACACUUUGUCUGUUUUAUUUUGAAGGACCUGAAGUGGGUGAAUUAAAGUGCAUCCCACUAUAUUCAACCCUACCACCUAACCUACAGCAGCGCAUCUUUGAAGAACCUCCUCCAAACAAAGCAAAUGGUGCAAUUGGACGAAAAGUUGUUGUUUCAACAAAUAUUGCUGAAACAUCCCUUACAAUUGAUGGAGUGGUAUUCGUAAUUGACCCUGGAUUCGCUAAACAGAAGGUGUAUAACCCUCGAAUACGCGUUGAAUCAUUACUUGUAUCUCCAAUCAGCAAAGCCUCUGCCCAACAGCGAGCUGGAAGAGCUGGAAGGACGAGACCUGGUAAAUGCUUUAGGUUGUACACUGAAAAGGCCUAUAAAAACGAAAUGCAAGAUAACACUUAUCCUGAAAUAUUAAGGUCAAACUUGGGUUCAGUUGUUCUUCAGUUAAAAAAGUUGGGUAUCGAUGAUUUGGUUCACUUUGAUUUUAUGGAUCCACCUGCUCCAGAAACCCUAAUGCGAGCAUUGGAACUGCUUAAUUAUCUUGCUGCCCUUGACGAUGACGGAAAUUUAACUGACUUAGGAGCUGUAAUGGCCGAAUUUCCGCUCGAUCCGCAAUUGGCCAAGAUGCUUAUUGCCAGCUGCAACCAUAAUUGCUCUAAUGAAAUUUUGUCAAUAACAGCAAUGUUGUCAGUCCCGCAGUGUUUUGUCCGACCGAACGAGGCAAAAAAAGCAGCCGACGAUGCCAAGAUGCGAUUCGCACACAUCGAUGGUGACCAUCUUACCCUUCUCAAUGUUUAUCAUGCAUUCAAACAGAAUAUGGAAGAUCCACAAUGGUGUUACGAUAACUUCAUCAACUAUCGCUCACUUAAGUCAGCAGAUAAUGUCAGGCAACAGUUGUCGCGCAUAAUGGAUAGAUUUAAUUUGAAGAGAACAUCCACUGACUUCAGCAGCAAAGAUUAUUACAUUAACAUAAGAAAAGCUUUAGUUAAUGGAUUUUUCAUGCAGGUGGCUCAUCUAGAAAGAACAGGCCAUUACUUGACGAUUAAAGAUAAUCAAAUGGUUCAGUUGCAUCCUUCUACUUGUCUCGAUCAUAAGCCAGAGUGGGUCAUUUAUAACGAAUUUGUUUUAACAACAAAAAAUUACAUUAGAACUGUUACUGAUAUUAAAGCCGAAUGGCUAUUGAAAAUAGCUCCACAGUAUUAUGAUCUACAAAAUUUUCCUCAGUGUGAGGCAAAACGACAACUUGAAGUUAUUCAAAAUCGUUUGGAAUCUAGGCAGUACCAACAAGGUUUUUAAUAUUUAUGAUAGUAUGUAUAUCAAAAACCAUGGUCUUCAUUUGAUGGCAUUUCUACUUUAUAAGAUGUAUCUAUAAUUUUGUACUUUAAAAUAGUUUCAAAUUGUUGCACUGAUACUUUCACUUGGAUUACCGUCUAUUCUGUUUAAGGAAAUGCAUUCAAAAGUAUUUUUGUCUAUGCCGAAUCUGAUGCAUUAAAGAUGUAAAUUAGUAAUAUAAUUUAAGAUUACAUCAUAUCAUAUUUU